AUAAAUUAAUUCGAAUUUCAACUUUUGUUUAAAAAAAAUCGAAUUUCAAAUUUAAUUUCCUAUACGUUUGCAAAGGCAAUUCCAAAUACUAGAGUGUCCGCUGUCUGCUACUGAAGUGAAGAACACCCAUUCGCCAUGUCUAUGCUUCAUCCAUACUUUCAUGGAGUUUCUGGAAGAGCAGUUGAUAUAUUAUCAGGCUCUCCUCGAACUGACCAUAAUAAAGGAGUUUCACGGGUAAACUUUUUAUCUGUUAACUGUGGUUCAAGGAGCUUAUCUUCUGUAUGUAAUUCAUGUUCUGAUAGUUACAGAAGAAACCCCAAGUAUUUAAAUGAAAACAAGCAGAGAUUUUAUCGCAGUACAAACAGGCAGUUUGAAGAGAGAGACGACUCUGAUAAACUUGAAGAUUCUGAAAUAUUCUCUUCCAAGAAUGGAACACUACAUUCUGUAUCUGGUGGCCCGAACUACCAAGCCACAGCCGCUCGAGGAACAAAGGAGGAAGAUUUUGUUGAAUUAUUUAGAAAAGUGCAGACCCAACUCCGAGAAAGAGCUGCCUUGAAGGAAGAUAAGAAGCUUGCAGAGCCACCAGUAGAAGGUAAAGAAAAUGAAACUGUUGAUUCGCUCCUCAAGCUCCUAAAAAAACAUUCAGUUCAUCAAGGGAAGAGAGACAUUAGUAGCAAAGAUUCCAUCAUGAACCAGCCUGAAGUGAAUGGAUCAUCUUCUACAGAGAAAAAGUCCACUUUCUUCAGAUUAAAUAGCAUUGAGAAAAACCAGGUCCAAGAAAGUGAACCUUCGUCUUUUAGCAGGCCCACGUCAAGUUUUCAACGUAGAUCUCCAGUCCCUCGAGAGAAGAUACAACCCACCGAUAGUUCUACCUCGCACACUAAUUUAGAAGGGAGAGAAAAUGAUACAUCUCACCUUCUGGAUGAAGUUGAGCAUAUGCCUAAACUUCUAGUGAAGGUUGACCCCAUAGUCCUUUCCAGUUCUCAAGAGGAGCCCGGUUUUGGUUUCCCUGCACGAGACAUGUUGGAUAAAAUGCCUAACGGUGAAACUAAUGAACUUGGUGAAGGCAAUACCGACGAGGACACAGAUGAGCAGAAUAUGAGUAAGCGCAUAGACCUGAGUGGGAUGAAGCUUCUUGAGUUGAGGGCUCUUUCCAAAUCUCGCGGCAUAAAAGGAUUUUCGAAGCUGAAGAAAGAUGAGCUUAUUAAGCUUUUGGCUUAAGUUUCCCCAUGAUCACAACUAGAGCACCACAGCUAGAGAAAGCAUAUUAGUUUGCUUAACCCAUUUUGAAUUACAAUGCACUGUGUUUAGAUAUGCUAAUAAUAAGUGAUGCAAUUUUCUCGCUUUCCAGCGGAGCGUUGUAUAGACUUCUGCUGCAUAAAUUUUCCUUUUAUUUCUUUAA